AAACAAUGUACUCCAAGUUUUCUAUUUUGAAAACAUACAGCUAAUUAAUUAGCAUCAGAAUUGCCGUUAAGAUGACUGAUUCGAAAUUAAUUGAUUUCGAUUGGAAGUUUGAGUUUGUUGUUGGCAGUAGUGCCAUAAGUGUCACUAAACUACCUGUGGUUAACAUUCUAAUUCAUAUGAGUGAGGAGAUGUCACUAAAAGAAUCUUAUAUUGCCAAAACAUCCUCCCUAAACUUUGAAAUGAAUCUCUCAGAGCUAUCACAUUUUAUUAAUACUAUUGAAGAUAUAUUACAGUAGUAAUAUGUUUAUUUUGUAUUCUAAAAGUGAUGGAUUGUACUUGUAAUAUAUUAUAAAU